CGUCCCCGGACCGCUCCGAUCCCGCGACUCCUCGGCGGCCGCUGCGCAUGGAGAGCUCUGCCAAGAUGGAGAGCGGCGGCGCCGGCCCGCAGCCCUUCCUGCCGCCCGCAGCCUGCUUCUUUGCCACGGCCGCGGCGGCGGCUGCGGCGGCCGCGGCGGCGCAGAGCGCGCAGCAGCCGCCGCCGCCGCAGCCGCAGGCGCCGCAGCUGAGCCCCGCGGCCGACGGCCAGCCCUCAGGGGGCGGUCACAAGUCAGCGCCCAAGCAAGUCAAGCGACAGCGCUCGUCCUCGCCCGAACUGAUGCGCUGCAAACGCCGGCUCAACUUCAGCGGCUUCGGCUACAGCCUGCCGCAGCAACAGCCGGCCGCCGUGGCGCGCCGCAACGAGCGCGAGCGCAACCGCGUCAAGCUGGUCAACCUGGGCUUCGCCACCCUUCGGGAGCACGUCCCCAACGGCGCGGCCAACAAGAAGAUGAGCAAGGUGGAGACGCUGCGCUCCGCCGUCGAGUACAUCCGAGCGCUGCAGCAGCUGCUGGACGAGCACGACGCGGUGAGCGCCGCCUUCCAGGCGGGCGUCCUGUCGCCCACCAUCUCCCCCAACUACUCCAACGACAUGAACUCCAUGGCCGGGUCGCCGGUCUCAUCCUACUCGUCGGACGAGGGCUCCUACGACCCUCUCAGCCCCGAGGAGCAAGAACUGCUCGACUUCACCAACUGGUUCUGAGGGGCUCGGCCUGGUCAGGCCCUGGUGCGAAUGGACUUCGGAAGCAGGGCCACCGCGCAACCUGCAUCUUUAGUGCUUUCUCGUCAGCGAUGUUGAAAGGGAGAAAAAAGAAGAAAGAAGAAGAAGAAGAGAAGAAGAAGAAAACAAACAAAUCCAGGCAACCAACCCCUACGCCAACUAAGCGCCGCAUGCCUGAGAAGCAAGGCUCUCGCAAAACAGGAAUGCGCUCAGAACAGUAUCUUUGCACUCCAAUCAUUCACGGAGAUAGAAAGAGUGACUAGGGCCCGAGUCAAUGCACAAAAUGCAGCUUGUGUGCAAAAACAGCGGGCUCCUGGCGGAAGGGAGCAGCACACGCCCUGUAGAAACUCCCACCCACCACUAACAGGCAGAGCUGACCUCCCCGCCCCCUCUGAAAGCGCAGUUCUUAGCCCUCUAGAAAUGGGUUGGUGUCUUUCGUCUCUGUAUCCUCCAUCCCGAUAAGCCGUGGACAUUUGUCUGCAGUGAAAGUAUCCUCUUUGAAACCCCAAUCCUCUGCGGGAGGGGUGGGGGCUCCCUCCCCAAGCUCCACUCCCUCACACCAUCUUUUCUACUUUUUUCAUCAUAGAAUGCUUCCAAUCUUUUGUGAAUUUUUUUUAUUAUAAGAAAAAUCUAUUUGUAUCUAUCCUAACCAGUUUGGGGAUAUAUUAAGAUAUUUUUGUACAUAAGAGAGAGAGAAAAAAUUUAUAGAGUUUUGUACAAAUGGUUUAAAAUGUGUAUAUCUUGAUACUUUAACAUGUAAUGCUAUUACCUCUGCAUAUUUUAGAUGUGUAGUUCACCUUACAACUGCCAUUUUCCCUAUGUGGUUUUGUAAAGAACUGUCCUCAUAGGUGAGAUCAAAAGGCCACCAGAUGUACUUCAGCACCAAUGUGUCUUACUUUAUAGAAACUUUGUUAAUGUAUUAAUGAUGUUAUUAAAUACUGUUCAAGAAGAACAAAGUUUAUGCAGCUACUGUCCAAACGCAAAGUGGCAGCCAGUUGGUUUUGAUGGGUUGCCUUUUGGGAAAUUUCUAUCACUGCCUUUUUUUUUUCUUACUGUUUUAUUACAAACUUACAAAAAAAAAACCCAUGUAUAACCCUGUUUUAU